CGACCCACAAAAAACUCACGAACCCCACAGAAAUUUCGCAGCUCUCAAAGCGAAGCAGAAGGGCAAACGAGAUCUCUUUUCCAAUCUCUCUCUCUCUCUCUCUCUCUCUCUCUCGCCUCUCCUAGGCGGUGGUGGGUUUUCGUUCCUAAUCUGCGAUUCCUGUGCGGCGAGGUCGAUUCCGAGAGCGGCCAUGGCGGAGAGAAUCACGGGGAAGGUCAAGUGGUUCAGCGACCAGAAGGGGUUCGGCUUCAUAACCCCCGAUGACGGCUCCGAGGAUCUCUUCGUCCACCAGUCCUCCAUCCAAACCGAGGGCUUCCGCAGCCUCGCCGAGGGCGAGACCGUUGAGUUCCAGAUCGAGUCCGACGGCAACCGCACCAAGGCCGUCGACGUGACCGGCCCCGGCGGCGCCCCUGUGCAGGGGAGCAGCCGCGGCGGCGGCGGCGGCGGCGGCGGCAGGGGCGGCAGGGGCGGCGGGGGCUAUGGUGGCAGGGGCGGCGGGGGCUAUGGAGGCGGGUACGGCGGGGGCGGCUACGGCGGCGGGGGUGGCUACGGCGGCGGGGGUGGUUACGGCGGUGGCGGAGGGGGGGCUUGUUACAACUGUGGGGAGACUGGGCACAUGGCGAGAGAUUGCUACCAGGCCGGCAGCGGCGGAGGAGGAGGAGGAAGGUAUGGGGCAGGCGGCGGCGGGGGAGGAAGGUACAGCGGCGGAGGAGGAGGAGGCGGCGGAAGCUGCUACAACUGUGGGGAGUCAGGGCACUUUGCCAGGGAGUGUCCCAGGAAUGGUUGACUGAGGUAACGAUAAUACAGAUGGAUUAGGUCCAUAAAAAAAUCGUCUUGGCUUGGCGAGUCUCUCUUUAUCUGGUGGGUGAGUUUGGUGCACUGUUUUUGGUACAUGGGACUGUUUUUAUCAGCUAUUUCUCUUUGUUAAUUUUGUGUGUUUCUGUGAGGUCAGUUAACGCUUAACCCUCAAGAAGAUGUGUGAUUUUCUACUGGGUGAAUGCUAUUUCUUUCCCUUGAUUUA